AUGCUGGAAAGUGUAAAGCAAGUACUUGAAGAAAUCAAAAUCAAAAGAGUAACUGAAAAAGAUAUUGAAACACCAUUUCCCCUUGUUGUCUUGAGUGAUUUCAUUUCAGAUAACGAGGAUUGCCAAAUUAUUGCAGGCUACAUGCUUCAGUUUGUGGAAGAGCAACUUGCCAGUGCCAUUCAUAUUUCUAGCAAUCACACAACUUUGUUAGAAGAAGAGUGUGGCUCAAUAUCUUUGAAAUCUAAUGAUGAGAAGAUUGCCAGCUUUGUAAAUGGUGAAAUAACCUUGCCAGAUGAAAAAAUAGCCAAAGUAAUUGACGCUAUCAUCAAAACAGAAGCAGAUGAAAUCAAAGGAACCCUAAAACAAAUGUCAAACAUUAUGUCAUCAUUGUGUUGA